AUGCCCGAGAACCUGACGCCGGAGGAGCAGCGCAAACACCAAGCCCUCUACGUCACCACGCUUCAGGCUUCCCAUGCACUCCGCGACAAGUUUGGAAUGGUGGGGAUCUUGGAGGUGGUUCGCAUGUCAGAUCCACAUCUUAACACCCUGGCAUUGGGUAUGGAUCUGACUGGCAGGAACGACACCCCGCCGCGCCGGGAGCCAGAGUUCUAUCUUCCUCAGAGCUACUUCAUGAACCCUCCGAGCCCGAAACUGGAACACUUCUCGAAGUUUUCCCUGGAGACUUUGUUCUACAUGUUCUACAGUAUGCCCAGGGACCAACAACAAGCUCUUGCGGCGUGGCAGUUGUACGAGCGUGGAUGGCUUUAUCACAAGACGGAAAAGAUGUGGAUAGCAGCGCAGCCGCAGGACGAUGGUGCAGGCAAUGCGCGCAACGUGUACUAUGACCCCAUGGCUUGGGAGGUCAAAUACGUGCCCAAGGAAGUGGAUCAAGCCGGGUUCCUCACCAAGGAAGAAGUGCGAGUGCGAGGAGUCACGCCAUAG